GCGUUGAAAAUUUCGCAUUAUUUCUGCUUUCAAGUCUAUUAAAUAAAACAUAAAUCCGAAGCGAAAAAUCCAUCAAUGCUUAAAGUUGGGAAGUGAAAUAUCAGAACUAUAAGUGAUUUUGUACUGAUUUGAAUCAAAAUUAAUUGAAACUACGGUUUUUAAAAUCAUUUAUUUGAAAAACGGUAUCUAGAACAGACCUUUGUUUUAUUGCUUUGAUCAUUCAUUAAGUUCAUGGCUGACGAUUACGAUCAUUGAGCUUGGCUUACGAUUAUUUAUACAAACAAAUUUUGUAUUAAAUAAUCCUAAAAGAAAUAAUCUGCUUUAUUUUUUUCAAAUGGAUUUGCCUCCACUUGCAUUCAGUGGAAAUCGUAAAAUUUCCUACCAACAUAAAACGACCAAUUCAAGAACUAAUCAGCAAAGAGUCCAAGAAGAAGAAAACGAUGAGGCGCCAAUUUCGAGGCGAAGGAAUAAAAAAAAUGGCAGUGGUCAUCACUCAACGCCGUCGAUCAAACCAGACGCAGAUACAAUACACGGUUUCAUCAACGGAGGAACAGAAGUACCCAUUGCAAAUACACGUCAACACCCUCAUCCCGCUCAGUCGAAUAUGGGGUCCAACGGAGACCUAAUUCUACAGGUCGGAGACACGAAACCUCCCACCGAGGUAGGGGGAGUUGGUGGUGGUGGGGCCCAGAAGGGGGAGCCCACUCGAGUGUACAUCAAGUUGGACUUCGUAAAGAUAAGCGACAUUGACACAAAGAGUCAAAAGUUCAUAGCUGAAGUGGCAGUCAGACAGAGGUGGACUCACCCAAGUGUCGCCAACAUGACCCCACUGGACUUCGCCCAGUUGCCUCCACAGCAGAGGUGGGAUCCCAAACUCUACAUCUCCAACCUGGAGGACAAGAAGAGUGACGAGGUCGUCUGGUCCCUGGAUGUCUCCAGUGGAGUCCCCACCGUCUACUUGUUCAGACGUCUGAAAGGCACCUUCUUCGAAAACAUGGAGCUCAUGGAUUUCCCCAAUGACGUUCAGGAUAUUUCGGUGACGUUUAUUUCUGAAAAGCCCUCAAGUGAGGUGCUGUUGUGUCCGGACGAGGAACUGGGAAUCAUAGACAUCGAGACCUUUCAGGACAGUCAAGAAUGGCAUCUCUAUCAACACGUCAAGACUUCAGCGUGCGAGCGCGAUAUAGAUUCUGAGAAAGUCCGACAGCUGAAGCAUAAUGUGAUCUUGUCGAGGCAAAGCCAAAUCAUGCAGUCUACAUUGACUGCCACUGCGCAAGUGUCCCGAAAGAUGAAGUUUUUCGUCUACAACGCAUACUUGGUCAUGUUCUUCAUCACUGGCCUGUCGUUCACCGGGUUCUGUAUUGACCCAAUUGAUGUGAAGUUCAGAAUAGGGGGCACCCUCACCCUGCUGCUGACAUCGGUGGCCUUCAAGAUCGCAGUCUCAAACACCCUCCCCACCAUCUCAUACCUCACUAAACUGGACACCUAUGUAUUAGCCGGGGUCAGCUACUUAUCCGGCAAGACUGCUCUCUUCGCGUUCAUCUCGAUCUGGAAAAACGACGAAGAUACAGCCAAGACAAUCGACACCUGUCUGCUAAUUGGACUCGGCAUCGCCCAAGGCCUGUGGCAGACAAUGUACAUGUUCGUCUUCUACUGGACUACGUUCCGCAAGAAACAAGAGACUCUACGAGCAGAACACGCCUAUUUGAAAGAUCUUCAGGCGCAGCGUAAUGCACACGCUCAAAAAGUGGCUAUUCUGUGAAGCGGACGCUGCCGGUUUCUCAGAACGGAAACAGAGAGGUAAAACUUUCGAAAAAUAAAUCAUCAAAAUUAAUCCUAAAUGAACAAUUUAAAUCUGCCUGUAAAUUUACCUACUUUAAAAUAGUUUAGUCAUUGACUUGAAUUAACCUGCUAAAAUUUCUUUGAAUUGCUCGAAUUAAAAUUUAUUUUGUA